AUGGCCUAUGUUGCCGAGGGUUACCCAAAAAAAAAAAAAAAACUAUGCAGUGCUUUAGUUAGGCAUUUCAAACACUCAGAUGUAGCUAAACAGUCAUUAUUUAAAAAACAAGAACAGCUAAGAAUUCCUCAUCAGUCACUCGUACAAUGUUGUAAGACACGAUGGAACUCAAUAUACUUAAUGCUAGACCGCCUUUUACAAAAUAGAACCUCAAUUUUAAAUGUAUUAACAGACAGAAUAGUUACGUCUUUAUAUAUUGCUCAGAAAUUAGAAACUACAGAAUCACAAUGGUUCAAAAUAGAAAUUCUCGUAAAUCUUCUUAAGCCACUUUAUAUUGUGACUAAUCUAUUUUGUUCUGAGAACUAUUCUCCAGCGUCAAUAGUUAGACCAUUACUCACCCAAUUAAUGGAAAAUCAUUUAAAAGAAAAAGAAAAUGAUGAUCAAAAUGUCACGUAUUUUAAACGUAUAAUUAUACACGAAAUUAAAGAACGAUUUAAACUUGACUGGAAUGAAACAAGUUCUGUCUCUGUCAAACAAAUCGCGUCUUUUCUAGAUCCUCGGUAUAAAGAUUUAGAGUUUGAACCGAUUGGUGCAAGAGGAGAAAUUCGAAAGGUUGUAAAGGAUUUACUGGAAAAAUUUAGAACCCAAAACAUUAAUUUGGAACAAGAACCACCAGUUCAAAGGAGCGAUCUUGAAUUUUUGUAUGGAAAUAUAAUUAUAGACAAUAAUGAAAUAAGUAUUCAAUUUCAAAAUUAUAUAGCUGAACCUCAAUUACGAUUCGAUCUAAAUUCAUUUGAAUGGUGGAAAUUAAGACAGAAUAAAUAUCCAGCUCUUGCAGAAUUAACGAAGCAAUAUUUGGCUAUUCCUGCCACGUCAGUCAGCUCCGAGAGAUGUUUUUCUACAGCUGGAAACAAAGUUACUUCGAAAAGGACCUGUUUACUGACUAAAAAUGUAAACAUGCUGAUAUUUUUAUAUCAAAAUCGAGAACUGUUGCACUAAAUAUAUUUUUGAGUUAAGAUGGGCAUCACAUGGACGUAAGCCUAUUAUUAAAUUAUAAAAAAUAAUUAAAAAUUAUCAAUAAGAUGUGUUUUUAGUUUAUUAUUUUUUUUUAUCUAUUUAUUAUGAUUUCUUAGAUUACUAUUUAUUUAUUCACUAUUUAUUAUUACAUUAUAUAUU